AUGUUCAACUAUAUUGCCAUCGGCGUCCCGAAACAAGCUUUCUUUGUACUGCGACCAUCCAAUGCCGCUGCUCAACUGGCCUUUUCAGACGUGGUCGAUUAUGUUCAGCAGCAGCAACAAGAUGAAGUUUCACAGCGAGAAUGUCACCACAUAGCGAAAUUCCUUUGGCUUGAUUCUGAGCGGCAGGUUGCAUCAGACUCCGUGGCUCGGCUUCUCAGAUACCGCAGUCAGAUGGACUUACCGGGUUCUUCGUCUCCCCAAAGCCCUGGCGGUCACAUGAGUAGUGUUGACAUCUGGAUGGGCGGCUAUUUCAUUGACCUCUCACAGUCAUAUUCCAAGGACUGGUCCUUUGGUCGGCACAGCUCGAAGCUUUUCGCAGAUCUUGUGGUAACACGCGACAAACUUACUCAUGUCUCGCGUAAACACGCUAUCCUUAGAAUCGAUAGCGAAACGCGUUUAGCGUUCUUAAAGCCUGGAGCCAGCGAGAUUUCCGUAAACUCAGUGAGUGGCAAUGAAACCACCUCUAGGCUUGCUUUACGUCUAGGCACGAAUGUUGUUGAGAUGGGCGAGCUACGGUUCGAUUUCGAGUAUACAGAAUUCAGCCGGACCGAUGAAGCAACCGGCAUCCUUAGCGAGUACCUGACCGAUGUGUACGGGUCUGAUUCACAGCCGCCACCGGAGUCCAUUUCGGCUACACCAACUCCGAGCUCUGCAACGAAGAUCAUAGGAUCAUAUGUGCUCAAUGGCAUUCUAGGAGCCGGCACAUUUGGAUCCGUGAGACCUGCUACUGGUAUAGCUGGCAACAAGAUUCUCGCAAUAAAAUCGAUUGUCACUCGGCCAAACAUCUCAGCUGAGCCUAUCGCAACCAUGGAGGAGCUUACCAGACGACUAGAUUCAUCGACCGAUGAAAAUUAUAUCCUUCGUUUGGUUGAAUCCUUCCGAGUUGCUGGGAAUUUGAACGAGGUUCACUUGGUUCUGGAGCCAUUUACACCGAUUACUCUCGAGAAAAUUCCGGUUCAGACUCAGUGA